AUGGCUUGCUGUGCCUUCUCCCUCGCAAAGAGGGCGACCAACCAUCAUUUUUUGAAAUAUGAACGGGCUGCCAGGGAAAUGAGAGCACAAGGGAUCGUGUACAACCAGCCCGAGAACAGCAGUUUCUCGAGCGUCGGUCUUGCCGAGAUUAAUGAAAUCAGCCGAUCUGCUUCUGUCACCCACGGUUGCUUCGGCUCGGAGUAUCCAGGCCACAUUGGGUGUAAUUACGGGGAACCACCUUAUACCCAAAAGGACUGGCGAGCCGAGCGCGAGGAACUCGAGCGGGCACUUGAGACUUCCAAUCGAGAGCGAGACGCGGUUUGCACCAGAGGGAUACAGAAUGUGCUAGAGCAAAUGGCUUACACCGCCCCCGCAUCUGCGACCUCCACACCAUCGGCGCUGGGCGCUAUUGCUCUGGAAGCAAAGGGUCAAGUUUUCCCCGAUCUUCCGGAGAUCCUUGAAGGCACCGAUCCCGUAUCCCUCCUCAACUACGCUGAUCCUUUCAUGCUACUCAAGCUUGAGGACUACCCUGGCAUCUCGGAUUUGUGGACCGCAGCCAAAUGGGCAAAACACGUGAAGCUGUACAGGGAGUGCGCUGCUCUGAGGCAUGAUCCCGAGGUGAACAAGCAAGGACCGGGCCGACAAACGACCGGCGGCGAGAUGAGGGAGAUCCAUGGGACGGUAGAUUCUAUUUUUAAUAUUCUACUAAAGGCGCUAGGUGUCAAAGGGUUGCCAACAGUAUGGACGGCUGGAGGUGAUUGGAAGUACAAUGAGCUCGUCAAGGAGCUCUACUCUCGAUGGCACCGCGCCAACUGCCGCCCAACUAACCCGAGGGCCAAGAAACACGCGUGCGUUGAGUCAGCCAAAGCUCAGCCUUUUUGUAAGCGAUCGAAGAAGAAGAUGACCCCAGCAGGUCUAGACGCCAAAAUGAACGGAGAUGAGUCAGAGCAAGGGUCAGAGCCUGAGACUAGGCGCGGGGAAGGCGGGGAUCUACCCGAGGCACAACUCGAAGGCGAUCACGAGCUAGCUCAUGAAGACGGCAAGGGUGAGCGCGAGUGGAUGGAUGCAGCUAGCGUGGAUAUGGAAGUGUGUCGUGAAGAUGCGCAGGAUUCUGGGAUCAGGGAAAGCACUGUGAGACAUGCUCCUCUGCUGUAUCUGGACCCGUUGGCUCGAGUCUCGGUGCCCACCCAUGACUCAACUAUUGGUCCGAGAUCGCCCUCUGUAUCUCGUGCGUCUGCCGUCAUCGACCCAGCGCUCGUCGAAUCAUGCCCUGCAGAGGAAGCCACUGGAGAAGCUCUUCCCCACCCAAUUACUUCUUCCGAGGAUUGCGUCGUUGGCUCUGCAUCAGCCGAGGACAGCCACGUUGUAGGUCCAGAUCCACAGGGCCCGGUGUCUGCCUCUGCUAGCCCAAGUUCGGAGACAUCGCCGACUGUGAAUCGCAAGGCUAGCAAGUUCUCAGUCCCCGGGUUCUAUACCGCAAAGUGGGUUUUUGUCCGAGAAUGGGUCGCCGAGGAUCAAGAGCAGCGCGAAGGAAGAUCUCAAGCUUUCUACAGCGCCCAAUGGGCACUUGUUUCAAAAAUACCUGCUGAGGUGGAGAAAUGGGAGAAGAAGGCAGCUGAGGAGGCGACUAAGGCUGGCGUGCCUCCCCCCCACAAGACUCGUUCCAGGAAGUCUUGA